CGUUGUUUUCAGACUUGAAUGCGUUCUGCCGGUUAGUGCGCCCUGAAUUCCAUGGUUUAUAUUGUAAAAUAGUUAUUCUACCUCUGCAAAAUCUGAACAAAACAUGUCUGUGGGCUUUUGCGACCUGAAUUUGCGCCCGCCGAACAAGGCGGACGUCCGAAACCUGUGCUUGGCCGCUAAAAAUGUUGGUUACUCUCUGGUGGCUGUUAGCACGGAGGUCGAUGUUGAUGUUUUUGCAAAAAAGGGGAAAAGGGCCGCCAUCAUUCCUCCACCCAUGGAUCUCACUGCUCUGCAAAAGGAGUUUGAAGGAAAACUGAAGAUUCUACAAAGACUGACUGUGCAAAUUUCGGACAACCUGCAAGCUUAUAGAGUGUCCCAAAACUCCAAUGCGAUGGAAUAUGACAUUCUUGCUGUGCAGCCUCUUAACCCUCAAGCAUUUCAGCACGCGUGUUCUGUGAUGGAAGUGGACAUGGUGAGUUUCGACGCGAGCGACUGCGCGCCACUGAAAGCGGCGCGGAAGGUGGUGCGUCAGGCUGGCGAGCGGGGCAUCUACUUUGAGGCGCAGUACUCGCCGCUGAUCGCGUCCUCAGCCACCAGACGCAACGCCAUCACCCUGGCACACGCGCUGCACGCCGUCGGCCGUGGCAAGUGCAACCUAGUGCUCUCCUCAGGCGCUGCGGCUUCCACCUUCCUCAGGUCGCCAUAUGACGUCGCAAACUUUUCGAUGCUGCUUGGGCUGUCGGAGGAGUCGGCCAAGAACUGCAUGAAGCAAGCUGCUAGGACGGUCCUUCUCAAUGCGCAGGCACGAAAAAUCGGCAAGGGGAUGGUUUUUGGCCGCCUCAGCAGACCUGUGGAGGACAAACUCGCUGAAGAAAAUGGAGUUCCACCCACAAAGAAGAGAAAAGCAGAUGAUGACAAUGCCAGUGAAGUGACUGUCAUAAACUGACAUCUCAAAAGACUUACCUUUUAAUCUUAAUUUAAUUGUAUAAGCAGAAAAUGUAAAACUAUCGUCGUGCUUAAUAUAAAAAAACAUUUGAAAAUCUUUAAUAAACCUUUAUUGUAGAUAUAUAUUUGUUGAAAAAUAAAAAAAUAAUAAAAUC